AUGGCUUUUAACUUGUAUCCCUAUUUUAUAGACGUGGAUGGAGAAGAUGGAGAAGAUGGAGAACCUAAUGAAGCCAUGAUGUUUAGUUCGGAUGAAGAAUUGGAUGAUGAGGAAAAAAAAGUUGUACAAUACAAGAUGAUUGAUGGGGAUGAAAAUGUUGAAGAACCUAAGAAAGAAAUGACUUUUAGUUCAGCUGAAGAAGUUCGCACAUAUUAUAGGAAAUAUGGUAAGCAACUUGGUUUUGGUGUCUUGAGAAGAUGCCUUAAGAGGGAUGAAGAUGGCCAAGUAAGAUACAUGAUCCUUACAUGCAUUCGUGAAGGUGCGAAUAAGGGAGAAAGCAGCACAAGUAAUGCCAUGAAGCCAACUCCAAAAAUUAAUAGAACAGGGUGUUGUGCAAGGAUUUGUGUGACAAGAUGUGAUAAUGGAACAUGGUAUUUGAGUAAAGUGGUGCUUGAGCAUAAUCAUAUAUUAAGCCCAAGCAAGACAAGAUUUUUUAGGUGCUAUAAGAAUAUAAAUUGUUCUGCGAAAAGAAGGAUUGAGCUUAAUGAUAUAGUUGGAGUACGUGCGAACAAGAAUUUUAACUCAUUGGUUGUUGAAAUGGGGGGGUUUGAGAGUCUUCCCUUUGGAGAGAAAGAUUGCCGAAACUUUAUUAACAAGGCAAGGGAGCUCCGGCUUGGCAAAGGAGGUGGUCAGACACUUUGUGAUUAUUUCCAUAGAAUGCAAGACCAAAAUGACGGCUUCUAUUAUGUGAUGGACAUGGAUGAUAAUUGUAGGUUGCGAAAUGUGUUUUGGGUUGAUGCACGAAGUAGGGCAGCAUAUGAAUUCUUUGCGGAUGUCAUUACAUUUGACACGACGUAUUUGACUAAUAGAUAUGACAUGCCAUUUGCUCCUUUCGUAGGGGUGAAUCAUCAUGGUUAG